AUGGCUGACCAUGGUGAGGACGAUCCCGAGCUCGCAACACUUACCGCACACGCCGACGGAGAUCCCCCACAAGCCAUAGUGGUCACCCCAGGCCAGACCGCCUGUGAUGUGAAACCCCACGUUAUCGCAAUCUUACCGACUUACUGUGGGAAGAGCUACGAGGGACCAUACGAAUUCUUAAAUGAGUUCUGCAAAAUCUGUAAGGCACAGAGGCGGCCAGCAGGAGCGAGCGAGGACGAUUACAGACUGAAAGCCCUGCCCUUUGUCCUGAAGGGAGAGGCCAACACUUGGUUCAUGCGCCUGCCAGCCGACUCUAUCAAUACAUGGGCCGAUUUCAAGUCAGUUUUCCUAGCCGAGUUCUUCCCGUCUUCAAAGACAAGCGCAUUGAAGAGGAAAAUAUCGUGCAUAAGGCAAGAAUAUGAUGAAACCCUGAGCGAGUACUGGGAGAAGUACAUGAGCCUUCUGGAGUCAUGCCCCAACCAUCGCAUGAAGGAGAUAGAGGUGCACCACACCUUCUAUGAAGGGAUGAACAAGGAAACCAAGGAUCUGGCGAAUUCAUCAUCUGGAGGCGAUUUCACCCAGUUGAGAGUAAGUGAAGCCAAGAAGGUGUUACGUAAGCUGUUGAAUGCAAAGAAGACAUACGACAACGCUAGAGAUGGGAAGAAACCAGCAUCCUCAGAACCAAAGCUCUCAAAACCAGAACCCGAACCCUACCUAUGUGCCACCCCAUCAGCGAAACUCUCAAACCAAAACCAAAACCAAAACCAAAACCAAUUUAACCCAGGGCCUCAACAUAACACCCACCACCAAAACCAAAGUCAGUACCAGCACAACCACGACCAGUAUAACCCUCCUGCCCAGUAUAACCAGUACCCACCGAACCAAAACCAACAAAAUUUCUCAGGCUACCAGUCAAACCCACCACCUCAGUAUAACCAGCACCAGAGCUCAAACCAAUUCCAUCAGCCAAACAGGUCGAGGAGUAAUGAAACAAUGCAAGUGCAAAGUGCCCAGAAGGAGCAUAGGGCAAAUAUGGAUAUGAUGAACAGGCAGUUGGCCCAGCUCGCUAACUCGGUGGGCGAAAUGAAAGGGAACUCAGGGAAACUCCCAUCUAUAGUCCAUGUACCUGAAAAGGCAAAUGUGAGCAAAAUUACACUGCGGUCCGGGACAGCCUAUAAUGGACCUCAGCUCAAGAACCCUGUUGGGGAGUCUAGUAGAGAGGGGUCUAGUAGAGAAGGCCUCUGCCUCAGAUGGAGGAUCCGUUUUUUCUAA